UGCACACAGCUGUCUCACCACAAACACAAAACUACCUUUUUAUUCACGCUGGAAACCUCCUGCUGCAACAUGCGCGCGUUCAUCUGCGCGUGCACGGUGCGUGAUCGAUCGGCUGCGUGUGAGACUAUCUGUUAGGCGCGAGGAGGAAAGUUAUUGGUGCUUAUAUUGGCUCGCGGACUUAGUGUAAUAUGAGUGACGUGAAUCAUCAUGAUCGAUAACCGAUAACAGGCUAAGUGACAACAUGGCGGAUCAAUAAAUUAAUCGAUCAGCUGAUCAGAGAAGAGAACAGCUGGCAGACAUGAUGGACUCGCUGCUGGACUUUGAGGACUGCAUCAAAGACUCACCUGAGUUCAGACUGAACCUGGAUCAGUUUGAGACUGAAGUUACUGUGCUGGACACACAGCUGGACAAGGUGAUGAAGCUGUGCGGUAAGAUGGUGGAGGCGGGACAAGCGUACAGCGCAGCCAAUCAGCUGUUCCUGAGCGGCCUGGCGGAGCUCUCCAUGUCCCGCAAGAAGGACAGCGUCAUCACAAACUGCCUGAACCAGUUCAACCAGGGCCUGCAGGAAAUGGUCAACUUUCACACUAUGCUGUUUGAUCAGACGCAGAGAGCCAUCAGCCAUCAGCUGACCAACCUCUGUACACAGUUCCUCCCCCAGCUGGCAGAGACCAGGAAGGAGUUUGUUCGUAUCGGAGACGAUCUGGAGACGGCGGCGGCGAAGAGCGCUCAGGUUUCCCGCCACAAAACCGCCGACGCCGAGCGGGCGAGUCACCUGCUGCUCGCCACGCGGAAAUGCUACCAACACUUCGCCCUGGACUACUGUCUGCAGCUCAACACCUUCAAGACUCAGCAGAGGAUCGACAUCUUGAACUCCGUCUUCUCCUUCGUCCACGCUCAGUUCACUUUCUUCCAUCAAGGCUUCGACCUGCUCAGAGACCUGGAGCCCACCAUGAAGACCAUGGCAGCACAGUUGUCGCAGCUGUCGUCAGACUGCGCAGCUAAAAGAAAAGACCUGGAGAACAAACACCUGCUGGUCCAGCAGAGGGACGCUUCAGGAGAGCCGAUGGUCGUCCCGUGUCCCGGCAGCAGUGACAUCAUCCAGGGUUACCUCUUCAAACGCUCCAGGAGGAAAACCAAAACCUGGAAGAGAUGCUGGUUUUCCAUCAGAGACAACCAGCUCAUCUACAGGAAGUCACAGAAGGAGGACUCCAUGGUCCUGUUUGAGGAUCUCAGACUGUGUGCUGUUAAGUCUCUGGAGCACAUCGACCGCCGCUUCUGCUUCGAGCUGCUUUCUGUUCAGAAGUGCUGUGCUCUGCAGGCAGACUCGGAGCAGUUGAAGCAGGCCUGGCUCAGCGCUGUGCAGGGAAGCAUCGAUCUGGCCUACAGAGAGAAAGCCGACACUCAGCUCACACAGCCUAAAGAGCCCCUCCCUCUCCUGUCUGCUAGUGAUAACUCACCAGGCCCCCCCGCUCGCAGGCCGCCAGCGCUAGGUGUGGCCCUGCGAGGCCCCGGGAACCAGCGCUGCUGUGACUGCAGCGAGGAGGAGCCUCGCUGGGCCUCCAUCAACCUGGGAGUCACCAUGUGCAUCGAGUGCUCGGGGAUCCACAGGAGUCUGGGCGUUCACCUGUCCAAGGUUCGAUCUCUCACUCUGGACUCGUGGGAGUCCGAACAGCUGAAGCUGCUGUGCGUUCUGGGAAACGACGUCAUCAACCGGAUCUACGAAGCUCGAUGUUCAGAGAGCGGACGAGUCAAACCUUCGACGGACAGUCCGCGAGCAGAGAAAGAAACGUGGAUCAAAGAGAAAUACGUGGAGAAGAGAUUCGUGCAGAACGGAGGCUCGGAUAAUUCCAAGCGAGGGAAGGACGAGGCCGGGCUGCGCCUGUAUCGGGCUGCGUUGGCGGGAGACCUGGUUGCCAUGGCGGCAGCGUUGGCCCAGGGGGCGGAGGUCAACGGGAGCGUCGCUGAGGAGGAGGGACGAACGGCGCUGAUCGGAGCUGCUGUUGGGGGGUCGCUGCUGGCUUGUGAGUUUCUGCUGCUGAACGGAGCAAACGUCAACCACAGAGACCUGAGAGGACAAGGAGCUCUGCACGCUGCUGCCACCGCUGGACACACGGGACAGGUGUGUCUGCUGUUGAAGAGAGGAGCCAAUCAGUACGCUGUGGACGAGAGAGGACAGGACCCGUUGGCCAUCGCCGUGGAAACGGCCCACGCUGACAUCGUCACACUACUGCGGAUGGCAAGAAUGAACGAAGAGAUGAGAGAUUCAGAGGGGAUGUUUGGAGCUAUGGGAGACGACGAGACGUUUCAGGAAAUCUUCCGUGACUUCAGCGACAUGGCGUCACAUGACCCAGACAAACUCAGCCGACGAAGGUUCAGCCGCGGAGUCGACGAAGAGGAGGAGGAUGAAGAGGGAGGAAGAAGAAGAGGAGGAGGAGGAGGAGGAGGAGGAGGAGGAAGGGUAAACAACCAGCAGAGUGUUGAAAAGACUGAAUGACAGAAACACUUGAAGCCCGUCGGACCGCAGAGAGAGAGAGAGUCCCUCCCUCCUUAUUAACCACUGUGUUGCCACGGUAACAGCUUAUGACAGACAGCUGAACAUAUAAGACAUAUAUUAAUAUAGCAGCGUGGUAUAUUCUCUAUAAGCUCAGAUACUUCAUGUACAGUGACUGCGGCUGGAAACUGUGAUUAUUAUAUUUUGUGGUUUUGACUGAAAUAUCUCGACUACUGUUGGACAGAGUUUUUUUAUGGUGUUCGGUUUUUGGGGGCGUUGACGUUCCUCUCAGGAUGACCCUCCGACUCUUCCUCUAGCGCCACCAUCAGGUCAGAAUGUGUCCAACACUCACAGGACUAAACAGAGACAUUCCCGUCGGCCUCAGCUGUACCUGAACAGAUGAUUUAACGUGUUAGUAUCAGGUGUGUUUAAAACUUUAGAAGCGUCAGAUCAGUUGUUUGAAAAGCUUAAAAAAGAAAAAGUAGAAAAAAGAAGAAAGUUAAAGUUACUUUGAGGGAGAAACGCUCCGCCUCGCUCAGUGUUACUAGUUUAAAGCUAACAUAGAAAGUUACAGAAUAGACACACACUCACACACACAUAACACACACACACUCACACACACACACACACACAAUUUGUAAAUUUCCCCAUCCUGGGACUAAUAAAGGAAUGUUUUAAUUAGGGCUGUCAGCGUUAACGCGUUAAUUGCGAUUAGAUUAAUGCAAUCCAUAACGUGUUAAUUUUUUUAAUUGCAUUUUAAUGUUGCAAGCCUUUUUGUCCCUUCUACU